AUGGGUUCUCAAGAUGACGUUGAAGCCGAGGGGCGCCCGCCAUAUUCCCAUGCCAUGAUUGCGGGUGGUAUUGGAGGUUCGGUUGGUGAUAUGUUGAUGCACUCUCUCGACACAGUAAAAACUCGGCAACAGGGCGACCCGCACGUCCCCCCCAAAUACACAUCGCUUGGGCAGUCAUAUUACACUAUUUGGAGACAAGAGGGCAUCCGGAGAGGCCUGUACGGCGGAUGGAUUCCUGCUCUUAGCGGGUCGUUUCCAGGAACUGUUCUGUUUUUCGGCACUUAUGAAUGGAGUAAAAGAUUUCUCAUCGAUCAUGGGCUUCAGCAGCAUUUGUCAUACCUUUCGGCUGGUUUCCUUGGCGAUCUUGCCGCUUCUAUUGUUUAUGUACCCUCGGAGGUGCUCAAGACUCGCCUACAACUCCAGGGCCGUUAUAAUAAUCCCUAUUUCAAAUCGGGCUACAAUUACCGCGGCACCAUCGAUGCCGCCCGUACCAUCGUGCGCACAGAGGGCUCUGCCGCCCUCUUCCAUGGCUACGGAGCCACCCUGUUCCGUGAUCUGCCCUUCUCGGCUCUGCAGUUCAUGUUCUGGGAGCAGUUCCAGACCUGGGCCCGCCGCUACAAGCAGAGCCGCGACAUCGGCGUCCCUCUUGAGCUCCUUACCGGCGCAUCGGCCGGAGGUCUUGCAGGUGUCAUCACCUGCCCCCUGGACGUCGUGAAGACGCGCCUCCAGACGCAGGUCAACGAGCCCUCCAAGACGAACGCCCCGAGCCCGCAGAAACGGCACAUCUCCACUUCCUCCCCAAGCACCCACCGCCCGAAGCCCGGGGCGAUGAACCUGCAGACUUCUUCCGUCAUCACCGGCCUCCGCGUCAUCUACCGCACCGAAGGCCUGGCGGGCUGGUUCCGCGGCGUGGGCCCUCGAGGCGUGUGGACGUUCGUCCAGAGUGGGUGCAUGCUCUUCCUGUACUCGCGCCUCCUCCGCACUCUCGACGUUUGGAUGCCAGUGGAGAAGGAAGACCUGUAA